UGCUAAUUGCUAUUACUGAAAAUCACGAUCACAAUUCUGAAUAUUGUAGUGAAGAGAAGCAUAAUUUAUGAAUUAUUAACAGAUCCAUCUAUGUUUCUGGAUUUUGAAUUUUGGUUUUGGCUGCUUUUUUGUGCACUUUUUGCUGCCUGAAAUUAUUUAUAAAUUGGUCGCGUUCAUGUAGUGAUUUUGACUUUUUUGAGAUUGAAUAUUUUGCAUGAACUCAAGUGCUUCCCCAUUUACUUUUUUUCUGCGAUUUAUACCUCUGAUUUCUAUGUUCACAACUGAUAUAAGAAUUCGUUGUGAAAAAGCUCUGGAAAUUAGUACAAAUCUCUGCCAAGGCUUUUUAUGAGAUCAAGAGCUAAUAAUCGGUGGUGAAAGGUUUACUCUGAGGCAGAAAUCCAGAGUCAAAUAUCUGUAUUUGAUUUUGGAUUUUGAGUUUCUGGGGAUUUCUGUGAGUUUUUGACGAAGAAGAUUUAGAUGUCACUCUCAAUUUCUAUCGAUACCUAGUGAUUACCAAAAAGGGGGUGUUUCUGUUUCUGCCUUCGCUAUCAUCAACAAUUUAGAUUUGGCUGAUUUAGCAGAAAACAGUUGAGGGGAGAUGGGUUCAUUUCCAGGACAUGCGAUUCCUGGGACUUUGUUUCUAGUGAUUGGUGUGUGGCACAUGUGGUGCUCUCUAAACAGAUAUGCAUCAAAUCCGAAAUCUUUCCGAGUCAGGGUUUGGAACCCUGUUCCUGGUUUUGAUGGUAGGCUUAAGUACUUGGAGCUCUAUGUGAUUGCAAUUGGAGCUUUCUUCGAUCUGUGCAUAGAGUUUCUGUAUUCCACCCAUCUCAAGAUCAUUGUUCAUGGAGUCUUGAACCCUUCUCAUAUGAACGACUUUGAGCACUCGGGGAUGCUGCUUAUGUUCUUCAUCUUUGGCGUUGUGGCACUUCUCUCUGAGAAGACGAGAUACCUACCAUUGCCGGAAGGCGCUUUAUGCUUAGUAGCUUCAGCAGCAUUCACAGCAGAGUAUCUUUUAUUCUAUUUUCACUCUACCACUCACAAGGGCCUUGAAGGAUGGUAUCACUUCAUCCUCGUCCUCCUAAUUGGCCUCUGUAUACUGUCAACUAUCGCUGGAGCUCUCAUGCCUACGAGCUUCCCAGCCGAUUUAUGCAGUGGCAUGGCCAUGACACUCCAAGGCCUUUGGUUUUACCAGACAGCGUUCACUCUCUACGGUUCAAUGAUGCCAGAUGGUUGUUUGCUCAAGGACAACGAGGUAAAAUGCCAUUCCCCAGAACAUGAAAUCCGUGGUGAGUUGCUGGCGAAUUUCCAACUAUUCAUUCAAGCUUUCAGUGUUCUUGCCGCUGUUGCUGGAGCGUAUAUCUAUAUCGAGCCAAAAUACAGGGGUUCUAACUCUAUCAGAUCACGUGCUCUUGAUGAUGCCGACGAUCAGAAUAUCAUUUCUUCAGACAGAUGACAUGCUUAUUUUUUUCCCUCAAAGUGGUUCACUUCUUCGAUUCUCCACGAGGAGGCGCGUAGAUUGAGGAUACUCUGUUUCGGACAUAGAUAUACCUACACUCUUUAUAACAUGUUAUUUUUUUUAGUUUACAUGUAGAUCAAUAUCAGAGCCAAGGUUAUAGCAGAAUUGCAGCGUUUCCUUAUUUCUUGUAGAAGAUAUCCUUCCGAUUAGAAAUUAUUGACCAUUGUUGUGACUG